AUAGCACCAGCUUGCCUGCUUUGGUGAAACAGUCUGAAGCAAUGACUAGCAGAUCAGGAACUCUGCGCUGCUACAGAAUGCCCGAAGACAGAUUGAGAACUCACAGGAGAGGAAAGAUUUUACAAUAAGGCUAUUUGACGCUGUCCAGCAGCAGAUGACAGAGAGCCACGUCAAUGUCUUCACAGACCUCUUGGAGGCAGAGAAGGCUUUUGUCCUGCAGAGAGCUGCCAGGGCCAUUCAAAGAGGAGACUUGUAUAAAGCCAUGAUGUCUCAAAUUAGCGCUUCCUUAGAGGAGCAGCUGUACAGCCAAGUAGCUCAUGAGAUGAGAGAUGGUGAUCAUCUGAGAAGCAAGUUGUCCCUGGUCUUGAGUCACAUCAGGAAUGGAGUGAUUAAUUUGAUGGAAGAAAGGCCAGAGCUGAAAGGGAAAAUGCAUGCUUUUCUCAACCAGCCUCUCCCUGCAGACUUCAGAAGGGUCACCUGGAGGCUCUACCUGUCUAAUCCAAGAGUUGCAGCAAGGUGUUUGAGGAAUGUCCUCUCCUAUUACCAUAAGCUUCAGGGCGCAGCCACACAUCUGCCUGAUAUGGAAUACUUUCUACUGGUGCCUCUGUUGCAAGUCGUCCUAGACACUGCUCCUCCCAACCUAUCCAUGGACUCCAUUUCUGCCCUGCUGGUGGAAGAGUUUAUCACGUUCAUGAACCUUUGACCUCGGUUCGUGAGACUCUCUUUCACCCAGGAUGCUGCUGGUACCGAUGUAUUGGGGGAAGUAAGCUCAAUGUUACAGGAACAGGACAGGGACCUGACCAAAGUUAUUCAGGGCAUUUACAGUCAGUCAGAGGAAACUCAAGAAUCCCUGUUGAGGGCCAUGAAGCACAUGCUCCAACCAGCCAUGAGUACUCUCUUUGUGGGCUACUUGAGCAUGGAUACAUUACUGUAUGUCUGGGACCAGCUAAUAAUCGGACUUGACCAGCCAUCAUACAACUGCUUCCCUGAAUUCAGCGCAGUCUUCAUCCUGCUCCUUCGGGACUAUCUGAAAACAUGUCAGUCACCAGGCCAGGUGGAAGCAGCUCUAAAGACUCAAGGGCCAACUCUGUCUGUGCAAGAAUUCCAAGACAUGAUCAGAAGACACUACUUCAAGGAACUCUACAGACAGCUGCACAAGGAUGACAACGAGCCCUUCCCAACCCAUGACCCCACCCAAGCUUUGCCUCCUUGGAGCUACUUGUCCAGAGUAACAGUACCUCCAAGAACAAGACCUGAGGACAGGAGACAGGCAAGGGAAGAGCAUGAGAUGCUCCAAAAGCAGCACAAGGAGAGACUGAAACAUGAAGAAAGACUGCAGAAGUUGAAAGAGGGGGAAGAAAGGAGGCAACAGGAGAGCAGACUGCUACAGCUGUUGGAAGAAACUAAAGGAACCUUUGAGGCCCAACAGGUCUACCUGGAAGAACAACUAACACAGGAGAAACAGCUGCGCUAUGAAAUGCAGAAGGCGGCAGAGGCCCAGAUAAGUGGGCUGGAAGAUGUAAUCAAAAAGCUCCAGAAGCAGCAAAGGCCUUCCAUGGAUGAUGCAUGCUCUGUGGGAAGCCUCAUAGCACCCGCGCCUUCACGGCAGUCACUGACCCCGUUACAUCCUGCACCUUCGCCACUACAACUAGCACCUCUUAAAGUUACAAGUGGGAUGUCCAGAAACAUAGAAAUUUGUGGGAAAACAGCAAAAACGGUGACGUUGGAUCUGCUUGAACAGAUAAUGCAGGCUGCAAAUGCAAUUGUUAAUGGACAUAAUGCAGCCGAGCAAGGCUCUCUGAAUGCAGCUACCAGAGAACACCUUUGGAACUACAGCCAGGAUUGCAAGAAUGCAGAGAUUGAAGUAUUUGGUCCCCAGAUAAGCAGAGAAGAUAUAGAAAAGAUUCCAGACCCCAGAAGGAAGGAACUGAAGAAGAAGUUAACUGGAGCUAUCAGAAGAAAUGCAGAGGCCCGUCACAAAGCCCAGCUUGCAGUAGGAAAAGGGAUGUUACCAGACUCCGUUACCUAUACAUGACACAAGUACUUGAAAUUUAAGGGUUACAACAAAUCCCAGAACAUUCAUAGUUGCAUUUCAGUCUGCUAAUUCAUUGUACCAUACUGGUGGGCUCUAAAGAUAAUUAAUCAUUUAUUUAGGGGGUGGGUUGGUGGCUCUGGUCAUCUGGUGCCUGCUAUUGUAAAACCAUUUUCAGUUCCUUGUAACUUUGUGUAUGUAAUUUUCAAGACCUAACAGAAGCUGCAGACAUAGGCUUUUUGACAGGAAUCUCCUACCAAUGUAGCCAUUUUAGCUAAUACUGUUAUGAACAUAGUAAAACAGUUGCAUCAUAAUGCUUAGCUGUUGCAUAGUAUUUUUCACCAAUAGGUUAUCAAAAAGCUUUAACAAGGAAAUACAUCAUUCCCGUUCUACUUACAGGGCCGAGAUGGUAAAGAGGUCAGACCAGGUCCACACAGUAAAUCAGGUACAAGAGCAGGGAAUAUUAAUUCAGGUUUUAUUAAAUACUAUAAAUGCAAAAGAUUGUGUGUGUGUGGCUCUGGUGGUGUAUUAUACUAUUCCUGUAACAAGUAAACCUUCCUACCAGACACAGCAAGUAAUUAGAACUGCUGGUUCCAAUAAGGAAACUGACAUUUUAGAAGACAGUGUACUCAGGCUGCCUGCACUCUAGGGUUAUGCAGCUGCUUUAAGAAUGGCAGCAAUAUGACAACUAGGCCUCUAGCAUAGAUGCAAGCACUGCCAGUAGUUUUUCUGAUACCCAAGCUAUAUUUGUUAUAAGCUGAUUUUUUCCACAUCCCUCACAAGCCUAAGGGCUGAUCUUGGAAUACUCCAUUUAAAUCUAUAGAAUAAUGUUCAAGGCAUGUUAUCUUCAAGCAAGCCACUCAUGAAAUAUGAUAAAAUCUAACAUGUGAAAGCUUCAUUUCAACUAAUCCUUCAGCCUCACCCAGGCUUUGACUAAUGGCCAGAAUUUGAAAUAUUAUGCGUAACAGGUGAUAACCCACUGGCCCAACCUAACCUGCAGCUCUCCUGUAAUUAUAUGAGAGAGUUUUUAUGGGAAGGACUUUAAGUAACUCAAAGUACUAUGAAUCUUUGAUAUAGAACCCAGGUACAAGGUUAGAGUGAGGUCAAAUUCUUUUGCAUACUUA